AUGUCGACCACAUUUGAGAUCCCGCGCUAUGAUCAUGUCCCCGAGACCAAGGAGGACCUUGACUUGGCCGAGCUGGUCACCAUUGACCUAAGCCGAUUUGAUCAUCCGGAGGGAAAAGAGGAGCUCGUGCAGAAGCUCGACCAUGCUGUAAAGAACGUCGGCACGCUUCUUCUAUGUCAAGAACUUAACAUCACCCAGGAGGAAGUUGACCGCCAAUUUGCUCUUGGGCGGGAAUUCUAUGCCCUCCCGCUCGAAGAAAAGCUCAAGUAUCAUUCCGCGAGUAACCUGGAAAAAGGCGAGUAUAACAGCUAUCGUCCGGCCGGACAUCGCAUCCGCAAAUGCCAUACGGAAGUCGUCGAGAAACUCCUCCGGCUCUUUGCCAUUCUGCUUGAAUUGCCCGACGACGACCAGCUGGUGAGAGACCAUCAGUAUGAUGUUGAAGGGGAAGACCACCUCCGCUAUAUGCACUACGCCGCGCGUGGUGCAGAGGAGAACAAGCGUGCUGCGGAGAUUUACUCCAGACCAUACAGAUUUGGGAUCCGUGACGUUGCUCUUCAGGCAGCCUGUUGCGGCGCCGCAAAUCCUUAA